GAUUUAAUCUUGUGACCUACCAGCCAGGCUCUCACACUGGUCGUGCAGCGUACGGCCACGGUCUCCUGCGUUGCGAGACGCUACGUUGGGGGCUCUACGAGUGCGCAGCGUAGUGCAAGCGUUCUGGCACUCGCUCGAACGCCUGUUUGCUCGGAGAGCAAAUGCGCUGGCAGGCCAACAAAACUUGGGCCACCACACACCUGUAGUGCUCCGCGCGUGUCGAGCAUAGAGACAAUCCGGCGGGGCCGAGCACACGUUCUCCGUUGACACGUGCGCCUGCAAGCGUUUGACGACAAGUGGGCGCCCUGCGACUGCCGAGCAUGCUUGCAAACCUAUUAUGCUGCGCCAUCGCAGCACGAGCCCUGCAGCUCCAGCGACCGCGACUCGCCACAAGAACGUCCCUCAAGGCGACGCGCACGGAAUCCAUAUUGCAACACCUCGAAAGCGAGGGCGACGGCCUCGGCGCCGGCGCCGCGGGCACGCUCGCAGGCCUGCGCGCCCUCGACGCGCGCUGGGAGGCCAUGCGGCGACCGACGGCAGCGUCACCGGCAACGCCCUUCGUCACCGAGGCUUCGGUGGAGGCAGAGCCGGAUUUUGAUGUUGUGGUACUCGGCGGCACGCUCGGCAUCUUCGCGGCGAGCGCCUUCCAGGCCCGGGGUCUCAAAGUGUGCGUUAUUGAGAGGGGCCCGCUCGCGGGGCGGAACCAGGAGUGGAAUUUGUCGCUGGAUGAAGUGAGGGACCUGGUCGACGCCGGGGCGUUGCAUGCAGAUGACAUUGACGGCGCCGUCGGCACGCCGGGCAAGUACGAGGUGCUGGCCGGUGCAGAUGACACGCUCGUCGCGUCGCACUUCGGGUCGGUGCGCGCGGGGUUUAACGACCAAGAGCACGGCGCGUCCGGCUCGGGCGGCGCGCUCCAGGAGGUCUGGCUGCCGAGCGUGCUGAAUGUUGGUGUCAGACCGGACGUGGCCGUUAGGCGAGCGCGGCGGCGCUUCGAGGAGCAGGGCGGCGUCGUGAAGGAGCACACGCCUUGCAAUGGGGUCGUGGUGGGCGAGAAAAGCGCGCAGGUGACGCUCGCCGAGGAAGUCAUCACGACGCGACUCGUCGUCGACGCCAUGGGCAACGCGUCGCCCGUCGCGCGGCAGUGUCGACGCGAGGCGAAUGACGGCGCGGACCCGCGGCCGUCGGGCAUCUGCUGCGUCGUCGGCACGUCGAUGGCCGGCUUCGCCAAGGACAACUCCUACGGCGAUCUGAUAUAUACGAACGAGGACACGCGCAUCCACCAAGAAAGGCAGUACUUCUGGGAGGCCUUCCCGGCGAUGUCGCUGGGUGAAGACGCGCGCACGACCUACCUCUUCACCUACUUAGAUGCUGAUGAAAUGCGCCAACACACUGUGGAAGGCCAGUUCGAGGAUUAUUGGCGCAUGCUGCCGACCUAUCAGAAGCACAACGCCGACUGCUUGAACAGUAAGCGUAUAGAAGACGCGCUCGAGGACGGCGACCUGAUCUUGAAAAGGUGCCUCUACGGUUUGUUCCCGACCUACAAAGACUCGCCCCUACCGACCCGGUGGGACCGCGUUUUAGCUGUCGGCGACGCGUCGGGCGUCCAGUCGCCCCUGAGUUUCGGGGGCUUCGGUGCGCUCACAAGGCAUUUGGGGAGGGUCACGGACGCCGUCGAGGACGCUCUACAAAAUGACGCCCUCGACCGCGCGUCAUUGACACUAGUGAACGGCUACGCGCCGAACAUCGCCGCGACCUGGAUGUUCCAGAAGAGCUUCGUGCACCCCGUUUCGUCGCAACGGCCGGCUUCGUUUGUGAAUAGGUUGAUGCGCCAGAAUUACGUCAACAUGGAGGACCUCGGUGACGAUGUGUUGCGACCGUUCAACCAGGACGUCGUGCAACCUAGAGCAUUGCUGCAGGUGCUGGGCCUGGCGACGCUGCGGGACCCGCUGAACAUUUUGCCGUUAUGCUACUGGAUCGGUCCUCAGGAAUUGGUCGAGUGGCUCGGCCACUUCGGGAUGAUGCUUUUGUACGACGGCGCGCACCACGUUCUUGGGAAGAGAGUGAGGGCGUACUCGCAUCGCCUGCCGGAUCAAAGGCAGGGCUUCGCGCUCCGUCGACUCGCGGACGCGUGGGAGUACGGGUCGGGGAUGGACUACUAAGUACACAUGUUG